CCGGCUGAGUCCGCGGCUACGGCGGCGGUGGCCAGAGCCGGAUGCUCGCGGGCUCCGUGCGGCUCGAGCCGUUUUCCUCCCUGGUGCAGCGUCAACUUGCCCCCGCCGGAGAGGGACACUUCGCGGCGCUCUGCUCGAAAACUCCGGUGUCUCAGCCUCGGGGCUCCUCGGGAGAAAGCCAAGCGCCCCCAGGUGAAGCCGGUGUCCCAGAACGGCCCCGGAACGCCUGCCGCCAGCUUGCACCUUUUGGGAACCGCGACCGCCGAGCGUUGUCCAGCGCCUGCAACGCAGGGCGCGCGGGGAGAGUGGGGUCCACUACGUGGGAAGGGGCGACGAGGACACCGAUGAUGGACGCACAGACCUGGCGCGCGGGCUGUUGCUGUCUCCUUCUUCUGGCUCUCGCUGGGGCUACUCGGAGCGAGGGCGUGCAGAGCUGCGAAGAAGUUCGGAAACUUUUCCAGUGGCGCAUGGUGGGAGCUGUCAAGGGGCUGCCGGAUUCGCCGCGGGCAGGACCCGAUCUUCAGGUUUGCAUAUCCAAAAAACCUACAUGUUGCACCAGGAAGAUGGAGGAGAGAUACCAGAUUGCGGCUCGCCAAGAUAUGCAGCAAGUGCUUCAAACAUCCAGCUCAACACUGAAGUUUCUAAUAUCGCGAAAUGCCGCGGCUUUUCAAGAAGCCCUCGAAACUCUCAUCAGACAAGCAGAGAAUUACACCAGCAUUCUCUUCUGCAACACCUACAGGAACAUGGCCCUAGAGGCUUCAGCCUCAGUUCAGGAGUUGUUCACUGAUGUGGGGCUCUAUUUAUUUGGUGCAGAUGUUAAUCCUGAAGAGUUCAUAAACAGAUUCUUUGACAGUCUUUUCCCUCUCGUCUACAAUCACCUCAUUAGUCCUGGCGUGACGGACAGUUCCCUGGAAUACUCAGAAUGCAUCCGGACGGCCCGCCGGGAUGUUAGUCCAUUUGGUAAUAUUCCCAAAAGAGUAAUGGGGCAGAUGGGGAGGUCACUGCUUCCUAGCCGCACGUUUCUGCAGGCGCUGAAUCUGGGCAUCGAAGUCAUCAAUACCACAGACCAUCUGCACGUCUCCAAAGAGUGCAGCAGAGCCCUCCUGAGGAUGCAGUACUGCCCUCUCUGCCAGGGCCUGACUCUCAGUAAACCUUGCAUGGGGUACUGCCUCAACGUCGCGAGAGGCUGCCUGGCACACACGGCAGAGCUGAAUCCACACUGGCGUGCCUACAUCCGGUCCUUGGAGGAACUAUCAGACGCCAUGCACGGAACAUACGACAUCGAACACGUGCUCCUGAACUUCCACGUGCUCGUCAACGACGCCGUGAUGCAGGCUCACCUCAAUGGACAGAAGUUAUCGGAACAGCUGGGAGUUGGGGUUUCUCUCCGGAUUGAAUGGCGCUUUGCUGAGGGUGGGAUUUACGGCAAGUGUGUAUCUCAGUCCUUCCUGCCCAUUGCAGGAGAAUUUAUCAACAGUCUUCGACUGUACAGGACGUUCUAUGGGGGCCUGGCUGAUGAGCUUUGUGCUAAUGAAUUAGCUGCUGCUGAUGGACUGCCGUGCUGGAAUGGGGAAGAUAUAGUAAAAAGCUAUACUCAGCGUGUGGUUGGAAAUGGAAUCAAAGCCCAAUCUGGAAAUCCCGAAGUCAAAGUCAGAGGAACUGAUCCCGUGAUAAAUCAAAUUAUUGAUAAACUGAAGCACGUUAUUCAGUUGUUACAGGGUAGGUCACCCAAACCCAACAAGUGGGAGCUCCAGAUGGGCAGUGGCGGUGGAAUGGUUGAACAGGUCAGCGGGGACUGUGAUGAUGAAGAUGGUUGUGGUGGAUCAGGAAGUGGAGAAGUCAAGAGGACACUAAAAAUCACAGACUAUCUCCCCAUUCAGUCUGGAAACGUUCGGACUCCUAUCCACUGUGACUUGAACGUGAGAGUUGGAAGAGUACCUCUCGUUUCUUCCUACCCACUUCUUGAACGCCGCCCUGACCUUGUAGGUCAUGUGUGCUGACACCAGAAGUGACUAGGUUCGUGGAAAUGUGUAAACUUAAAGGUGGAAGAAGAAAGACUGAA